CCCGAUGGUUAGUCACUACGCUCGCAAAUCUGUCACGGGACGUCUUGUGGAGCGCUCGGUAUUAUUUAUUAUGCGUCCGUCGCGAUAUGUCCCGAGCUCCUCAAUUGCCCCAAACGAAAAAUAAUGACAAUGAAUACGUACAUAUUCGCUGUCUUGUUGCAAAUAUACACAAACCGAGAAAUGUGUCCAGGCCCCCCGUAUUUUCCGACGCGCCACUGGAGGCGGUUCGGGAAUCGCCGCCCUCGUCGGACACGGAUCAGAGUCGGUCCGAUGUCUCUGAGAAGCCUGAUGUAUCAGAGAUCAGUAGCGUAGAAGAGGGACCGCCGCCGCCGCAGCGAGCGAAGAGUAACAGUUUUGCGGGUGCGAUGUUGGCGCCGCCGAUGCACAAGCGUCGGCGGCCGUCGUUCCUUAACCUCAACAUCGGAGGUGGACACGAACAUAUAGGGCCCUUAUCAGCAGGCCCUCAUCUCAACGUGCCUCGGUUCACCGUCACGGCGCCUCCUGGGGAACAUCGUCGCCUCAGCCAUGGCUUCCCGUUUCAUGGCUUUGCCCUUCGUCGGCACUCAAACACGAGCCUCCACCGCAGCGAGUCGAUGGUGUCCCUUGCGUGCUUCAAAACACUUUCUCAACUGAUUAACAAUGAUGGCAAUGAACUACAGAAUUACCUCUCUUCCAACAGAAACCUCAAUAUCGACGACAGGGACGAAAAUGGUACAACGGCACUCAUGUGCGCAAGCGAGAGCGGGCGAUUGUCUGCGGUGCGGCUGCUGCUGGGCGCGGGCGCGGACGCGUGCGCGGCGGACAGUGACGGCUGGACCUCACUCGCGUUUGCGGCCCGCGGCGGCCACCUCACCGUCGCGCAAGAGCUGCUCGAUGCAGGGGCGCAGGUCGACUCGAGAGACUGCGGUGGUUGGACUCCUCUCAUGUGGGCCUCAUACAAGGGUCACGAAGAUAUAGUUGCAUUGCUGUUGGAGAAAGGCGCUGAUGUUCACGCACACGGAAAUUAUAAUAUCAAUUCACUAGUAUGGGCGGCAGGGAGACGGCACAGCGGCGUAGUAACGCGGCUGCUGGCGGCGGGCGCGCGGCCCAAUUCCUGCGACAAAUAUGCCACGUCCGCGCUCACGUGGGCCGCGCGGGCCGGCGACGUGGCUUCCUGCGCGGCCCUGCUGCGGGCUGGAGCCGAUGCGAACAAUGCCGGCAUGUACUGCUGGACGCCGCUGUUGCAGGCUACACAUGGUAAUCAUUAUGAAAUCGUCCAAAUGUUGCUAGAACAUAAGCCUAAUGUGAACGCCUUGGACAAGGACGGCUGUACUGCGCUCGCCAUCGCUUGCAAGGAGGGUUUCUAUGAUAUUGCCCUAGCUUUAAUUAAUUCAGGGGCUUAUAUCAAUGUCCAGGAUCAUUCAAAGGACACACCAUUAAUCUACGCUGUUAAAGGCGGAUAUAAGAAUAUAGUGGAAGCUUUACUCAAGAAACACGUAGAUAUAGAUUUACCCGGUAAGGAGAAAAAGACCCCAGUGUACACUGCAGUAGAAAAGGGCCAUAUUGCAAUACUCAAACUGCUGUUGGCUUCUAAUCCCGAUCUGGAACAUUGUACUAGUAGUGGAGAUACGGCGCUAUUGAGAGCCGUGCGCUCGCGCAAUGCGGAAAUGGUGUCGCUGCUGCUGGAGCGGCGAGCGCGCGUCGCGGCCGCUGACAACCGCGGUGACACCUCGCUGCACGUCGCUAUGCGGGCGCGCUCUAAGCAAAUAGUCGAAAUCCUCCUACGGAACCCAAAGAAUAGCCAGUUGCUAUACAAACCAAAUAAAAACAACGAGACACCCUACAACAUAGACAUGAGCUACAACAAAACUAUACUGGGCCAAAUAUUCGGAGCGCGCAAACUGAACACUAACGAAGACAAUGAGAACAUGCUUGGAUACGAAUUGUAUAGUGCGGCUUUGGCUGACAUGUUGUCUGAACCCAGUCUUUCCGUUCCUAUCACAGUAGGACUCUACGCAAGGUGGGGAUCUGGAAAGUCCUUUUUGCUCAAUAAACUUAAAGAGGAGAUGAAGAACUUCGCGCGGCAGUGGCGCGAGACGGGCUGGGCGUGGUCGUGGGCCGUGGCGUGGGGCACGUGGCACGUGGCGCUGUUCGUGGCGGCCUGCGUGGCCGUGGCGGGCGUGACGCCCUACAUAGCCCUGGCGGUGCUGUUCGCACUGUUUGCUGCUCUGUACCUGACCUUCUACCUGCUCUGGUACCUUGGAAAUAAGUAUGAGUGGUGGUGGGCGGACGGCAUAGUGGCAGCGCUGGGCAGGCGGUUCGGAUCGCUGUUGCUGCUGCUUCAAGUCAUGUUUUGCCACCCGCCCGGCCCUGAGGACCCGCGAGCAUUACCUGCCACACCUAUAAGAUUUCACUUCACGGAAGGUAUGAAGAGUGCGGCGGGUCAGGAAGGGGAAGCCAUGGUCGUGCAAAUGAUUGGCAGCCUCGCCGAGGCGCUGGAGUGCCAAUAUGGGCGGGUUUGCACGCGCUUGGCAAGGGCCUUCCGACCACGCCCGGUCUCCUCUACGUCCGGCUGGAAAUGGCGCCGGGCAUGUUGCAUUCCACACAUAAUCACAUUCGAGUUGAGCUUCGCAUGCGUGCUCGUCAGUGUGUGCGUGCUCAUCAUAUUCCUCACCAAUGAGGACCCAUCGCGCCGUGACGUGCGACAGGGGCUGGUGGUGGGCGCGUGCGCGGCCGCGGGCGCUGUGCUGCUCGCCAACCUGUAUGCGGGAGCGCGCGCGCUGGCCGCGCUGGCGCUGCCGCCGCGCGCGCGUCUCGCUCGCCUCGCGCGAGCCAUCCGCAAGGACCGCGCGCACGCGCUAGCGCUGCGCCCCGAGGUGCAGGCUCUGACGCACACUGUUUCGUGCCUGGACGCGUUCACGGGGCAACAGACGCGGCUGGUGCUGGUGGUGGACGCGCUGGACAGCUGCGAGCAGGAGAAGGUGCUGGCGCUGCUCAACGCCGUGCACGCGCUCUGCUCCGACCCCAAGAGCCCCUUCAUACUGCUGCUGGCCAUCGACCCGCACAUCAUUAGCAAGGCAGUAGAAAUGAACAGUCGUAGAGCAUUCUCGGAGAGCAGUAUCGGAGGGUGGGACUACCUUCGGAAUAUGGUGCAACUGCCUUUCUACCUGCAAAAUUCUGCUCUGCGCAGAGUAAAGGUGGCCCAACAGACCGCUGCUAGACGUAUCCAAGCUCUUGGAGCCGACGAUUUUAGCACUUCACUUCAAAGAUCUGUGUCAGCCCGUCGCUUAUCGUCAGCAUCAGAGCUGAUGUCAAGCCAGGAGCGCAUCAAGGGAGGGCCGCGGAGUGAAGUGCGCGAGUCGCGGGCCGAUCGCGCUCCGCGGUUGCGGCCGUCGGAGUCGGUCGCGUCUUCGGUCGCGUCUGGCUUACAUCGGCACGGCGCGCCGGCGCCCGCGGGCGGCGCUGCAGACUUGGGUCGCGUGCUACUCACUGAUGACUAUUUUAGUGAUGUCAACCCACGGAGCAUGCGACGGCUCAUGAACGUGCUAUAUGUCACAGGUCGACUGCUCAAAGCCUUCCAAAUCGAAUUCAACUGGUACCAACUGGCGUCAUGGGUCAACUUGACUGAGCAGUGGCCCUUCCGCACCUCGUGGAUCAUUUACCACCACGAGACCUACGAGGAACACAUCGAUGACUCCACUUCGCUCAAACACAUCUACGAAAAGGUGAAACCGUCAAUAGGCGGAGUACGUGAGGCCAUUACGCUUAUGGAGCUAGAUAGAGACGAGCGCAAGCUGGACGUGUUUCUGAGCUUCCACCGCGCCACGCUCACCGCGGCCGACCUCAAGAUAUUCCUACCCUUCACCAUCAACCUCGAUCCGUACAUCAAGAAAGUUAUUAAAGAGGAACAAGUGCAAGCGGGCGCAGAGGACGACCUCGGCGCGGGCGCCGCGACCGCCGCGUCGUGGAGCAUCGGGCCCAACUCGCGACCCGUGCACCCCAAGCCGCUGCAUAAGAAACAAGCCGCACAGAAAAUACCACCAGUCGCUCAACCAACACCCAACACUGCACCACCAGCGCCACCGAUGUGGGUGGGUUGGGCCAACCCGCUGAUGCCGACGCCGCAAACUUACUCGCACAAUGUACAAACGGAAGGUCCGGUGCCGCAAAUGGUCCCCGCGGUCGCCGUCAACCCUGUCACGAUGUUGCGCACCGCUUUUCCGGGAAUGACGGAGCUAACGUCGCUGCGGCUGUCGAGCCUGAGCGUGGAGCGCGUGUGCCGCGUGGUGGCGAGCGCGCUGGGCGCGGGCGGCGCGGCGGCGGCCGCGGCGCUGCAGCGGCACCGGGUCUGCGGGCUCGUGCUCUCCGUCUGCCAUCUUAAUGACCUCAAACCGAUAUUGGAAUUGCCUUUUGGUGACUGGGAGUUAUUUAAAAUGCUGAUACUGAAUCUACGCGAGCUAGAGUCGGGUAUGCCGAUCAACGCGCCUGCUGUAACUGUAUUAACGGAGAAAUCGAGUGAAACAGAAACGGAAUCAAUUAAACCAAGACCUACACUAGAACACCAACGCAGUCGACCUUCGAAUGUUGAAAAACAGCCUUUUACGGAAUAUCAGGUUACGUUGGAGGAGCAAAUGAUAUGCGGCGCGCUCCAAACACUCAAUGAAGAAGCGAUGGAGGACGUCCUCCAGUCCGAGCCUACCGCGCCCUCAGACGAGGCCGGCGAGCCGCGCGCGCCCGCCGUCUGCUUCAGCGUCGAGAACGAGGAGGACGACGACGGCCACAUCACGUUCACGGCGCGACCGCGGGCGCGCCGCGCCGCCGCCCGCGCGCGCCCCUCCUCGCUGCGCCUGCCCGACGACGCGCCGCGCCCGCCCGCGCGCUCGCUCUCCGUCGACGACUCCACGCGCACCGGCUCACCCGUGCUCGACCUCAAGCUGCGCAACUUGCGCCGAACCGCCGACAUCCUCCGGAAAGUCGGCUCGGCCGAGCGGCUCGCGAGGAUCAAAGAUAAGAUCAUGUCCCGCGCACCGGGCUCGCGAGACCGCAGCCCGCCGCGCGACGAGACGGCCAGCGACGACGAGUCGGCCCCCCUGGUGUCGUCGCCGCCCGGGGCCGCGGUGCGGUCGGCGCGGCUCGCCUCUCCGGCCGCCGCGCGUUCCGAUUCGGGCGCGCUCGUCGCGAGACCGUUGGGCGUGGAGUGCGCCGACCGCAGUCCGCAGGACGGGACGGCGAGCACUGAUUUCUCGCCGCGCUCGGAAACGACGGAUGCGGAGUCCCCGCGGGGCAGCGCGCCAGACUUCGACUUGAUGCCUGAGAGCAAGAGCGAGGCGCGGUCGGCGGCGCGGGUCCGCUUCGCGCGCGAGUCUAGCGAGACGUCGUUGUCGAACAUGCUCGAGCCGUACAAUCUGAGGCUGCUGGCGCACGGCACGUCGGACGGCUCGCGCGGGCUGUGGCGGCAGGACGCCAUGGACUCGCUGGACUCCGGGCCGCCGUGGCCUCCGCACGAGCCCGACUCGGCGGUGUGAGGAUUAGUGCUGCUCCCGGAAGGAACCGACUACCGGCGCCGUGAGAGGCGUCGCCCGCGCGACAUACGCACAAACGGUGACGCGAAAGCAGCUCGAAGCGUUUAAAGGCAAUAUUGCACAGCUUUAAAUUCUCAACUCGUAGAUGGCCUGUGUAAACUUUACAUUAUGUAUAAUCGCUCCUAUAUAUUUGUUACUGCAGUAUACGAUAAAAUAACGCUAGGUAGAAUACCUACCUGUACUUUAAAACGUACUAUGUAAUUUCACCGAGAUUGGAGUUGCUUAAACGUAAUCAUUGUAAUUGCAUUUGCUUAGUAUUAUUUCUUCAGAAAUGUGAUAUAGGUACUUAUUCUUAAGAAUAUGGAAAUAUACAUUUUUUUGAAUAAUC